AUGCCAGGUUGUUCAACUCAAGGGAAAAUUCAAGCUAUUUGGAAUGGCAUUUGGAACCUCCAGGUUCCUCAUAAAGUCAAACACAUGAUUUGGAGAGCUACUCAUAAUGCUCUGCCGACCCUUUGUAAUUUGGGGAGGAGGAAUGUGGUUAGCUGUGUUCGAUGCUGGAGCUGUAAGUCUGAAAGUGAAGAUACUGUGCACGCUCUCUGGAAGUGCUCAUCUCUGUUUGUGUUAUGGGAACCUGAUGGGGUAUUGAAAAAGCUGCUCAGGUACAAUGUUAGCUCUUUUGCUGAUUUGUGGAUGAUGGUCUUGGACAAUAGACACUGCCUUGAUGUUAAUCUCCUUGCUAUAAUUUUCUGGAUGAUCUGGAGUAGACGGAACUCAGUGAGAUUGGGUGAGGCAGCUAUCGAGAUAAGGAAAAUAAGGCAGCAAGCGAGGCUUUUCCUUUCAAGAUUUCCUAGAAGCCCAGGAUCCGAAACAAGUCUGCCCAAGGGUUCUGCUGGACUUGGGAUUGUCAUUCGGGACGGCUCGGGUGGUGUGGUGGGUGCCAUGACAGAACGGGUGCACCUUCCCUCAUCCCCUGCAGUUGUUGAAGCUAUGGCAUGUAGGAGGGCUCUUUUAUUUGCACAAGAGCUGGGUUGUGUUGAUUGCUCAGUUGAAGGUGAUGAGGAGGUGAUUAUCAACUCUAUUGUUGCUCGAGAGGUUUUGAAUCCGGAAUAUGGUCAGGUAAUUCAAGAUGUCCUCACGCUAGCUGCAGGUUUUCAAUUUUGUAAUUUCUCUCUUGUAAAACGUAUUGGCAAUACAGUUGCCCAUUUCUUAGCCAGGAAAGCUGUAUCUGGCCAUGAGCUACAGGUUUGGACAGACUCCUUACCUGCUGACAUAGCUCCCUUAGUCACUCGUGACACUUUGUAA